AUGCGCGUUAAAACGUUGAGGCAAAUAAAAAACCAACGGGGACAUCGUAAUCACCAUACUCACAACCACCAUAAUCACAGCCAUGGACCAGCCGCUGGUACGAUUGAUGAGCGCUAUUUUCCUCCCGAAAGACUGAACGCAUUAGUGAACUGCAUGAAUCCACCGUACAGAAUGCCUCCACAACCGCUUGGUGCGUACGGCAUGCAGCAUGACCACCACUCUAGCAUACCAGGGACGGCAUCCACGGAGCCACAUAUGCUCAGUACGCCUCUACGGACGCAUUCCUCCAAGUUUCCGAUCGAGCGUGAGCUGAUACUGUCGUCCAAUAAAAAUUCCUCCAAAAUACCCUUAAUGCAAGAUAAUCGGAACACCAGUCUUCCGGCGUUGCUGAAUCGUUCUGCGACGUCUGCGAUCGGUCCGGAUUUGCCGGUAAAACAAACACAGGCAUGGAACCAACCACAGAUGGACGUGAUACAUUCUGCCGUGUCCGGCUCGGCACCGCGUACGAUCGUUCGUUUUCCGGAGGAUGUGACUGCGCUGGCCGAGCGAGAUGGUAGCCUUCUGAGAGAGAAAGACUCAACGACAGUGAAGAAGUCGGUCACCAAGACGUACCACACGCUCAAGGACCUCAUUUCGUCCAAGUUUAAAAAGGACGCCACCGAGCAGAACGACGAACUGAACAAUGUAACUUCCAUGCUGCAUGGUCAUCAGUCGAACUUGGACCAGGGUCAAUCUCAGGCUGGUAUGUCUCAGCUGCAACAGCAGCAACCCCACGGGGGCAAUAAUCAGAGCGGAUCGUAUAUGUACAACUCGGCGUCCGACAAUAACUUGCUGCAAGCGCAAUCGAAUCUAAACGUGUGGCCGUCCGGCAGUCAAGGCAAUUCUCCGCUCUACUAUCACAAGAAGUUCGCCGACCCGGCUGACAGCUUCGGCACGUCGAAAGCCCUUUCACAGCCUCAGCUUAACUUUGGUGAACAGUCGAACCGAAAUACUCAACACGUUGUCAGCAUGCUACCAGCACCGGUCGAUGGUACUGAUAGUGAUGAUGGUGGCUUUCGGCAGCACAGUUCCAACCGGCAGAUGAACUUUUCCAUGCCGAAUGGAUCAAGUCAAGCGGGAGCUAUGCACACGAGCCGUCCAACGACGCAGCAUCCCUCGUAUAUACAGAACUAUCGCCACAAUCACUCACAACAGCAACAGUCACAACAGCAACAACAGCAACAACAGCAGUUGCAACAGCAACAUCACAUGUCGUACCAGCAAGUGCUCCAAAAUACCGCCAAACACCGGUCGGGGCUGGAUGGAAGCGCCAACACGAGCAUUCAGGUGUCGUCCUACAACACUCACACGACCGUCACAGUUGGAGAUCAAAGCGCAGGCCAUCAUCAUCAUGUUCACACGCAUCAGGGAGACACUGGGGCUCAAAAGCACACCAUAUCGGUGGACGUUAACAGUGGAUCCUCGGUGAACAUAUCCACGGGAGACUCACAUGAUGUAGGCAACCAUUCCUCAAACAUUGACUCUGGACGUGGCAGCUCCUCCAUGGCUACCGCUAAUGCCGAUGGUGUGAUGGAGAACAAGAACAAGACCAAACCUGACAACGAGUGGAUCGAUGUGGUGGAUGUUGAGUUGCGGAAUAUUUUGGAACCGGGUAUGAAAUCGAUGAACCUCCGUCCAGAAAGCACAAUGUCAGAAAGCGCGUCGUCAAUGUCCCCACCGCUGCCACCGCUGUCUCCUCACGAUACUUUUAAUCACACCUCUAGCCAACCGGGCAGUAAUCCUCAUGCGAAGCAGAAUAACGCUAUGAAAAUGCAAAAGCAGGAGUACGGCACCGAUACGUACAAUCGAGCGAGCAAAAAUCCUCAACCUAUCGGUCCAUCGAAAGGUCAACCGUCUCCCAACACGAUACAGAACUACAUGAACCACUUGAAGUUGUCCAGCAACAAGAAGCACGAGCAAAACGCGCUCAAGAAACAUCUGUUUGGAUUGGACACCGAUGCUGCGUCAGUCACUAACACGACGCGCUCGCUGGAUCUCGAGUCCUUGCUCGGGACUCCUUGGGACGGGGCGCAAUCGGUGUCGGAAUCGGAAACGGACGGUGGUGGUUUGCAGCAAAUCCGUAAUCAGCUCGAGGGCCUCGAGACGAUGUACAGCGAGGUGCUGAAAAUGCUGGGCAAUCGUAUGGCCACAAACGAAUCAACGUUGCGCGCAAACCGGCGUCGACGUCACGGUAGCAUGUCGUCGUUGCCUUCUAGCUCGAUCAGUGGCCGUCCGAUACGAGAUCGUCGCCGGAUGGAUGAACGACGUAAGGUUCGCGACAUCAAGGGCAUCAACAAGCGGUUCCAGCGACUGGAAUCGCACGUGGUCACGCUUGCUCGCAGCGUUGCCCAUCUAUCGUCCGAAAUGCGUUCACAGCAUCUUGUGUCUCAGGAGCUCGAAGAACUGCGAAACGAUCUGGCACUUUUGCGUUCCCAGUCGAUGCACAAUUUACCCCUGAAUGGUAGCGCCAACGCAGCCAACGCCUCCGCCCGGGAACCGAUCAACCUAACCAACCCAAAGCGCGUUAAGAAGCUGACCAAAUUCUUCGGCGAAGAUCCACCACUAAUGAAGCUGUUCCUCAAAAAACUCGGCUAUGAGAAAUACGCCCCCAUUUUCGAAAGCGAACGCGUUGGUAUGAUCGAGCUGCCGUACCUGGGAGAAGAGAGGUUGCAGAAGAUGGGUAUCCCACUCGGACCACGGCUUAGAAUCCUUCAGGAGGCGCAAAUAUCGCUGUGUCGCGAUACGACGCUUUGCAUCGUUUAGGACGACGGUCGGGCGACGACUUAGUGAAGUGAGCCAAAGAACUAAA